AUAUACCACAUGUAAUUCAUGUAUAUGUAUAGUCGUGCAAGAUACAGGCGACGUCGCUAAAACGCGAGCCCGAGCCAUGAGGUCGCACGAUGAGUGAUUUGCCAUUUAACAUUUCCUCCGUUUCUGAAACUUCAUCAUUUCGCCCUAUCGACGACUGUGCCAUCAGUGUUUCGCUUUCGCCUCGCCUUUGGCCGUCCAACAGUCCGCAAGAGUUCACCUGAUACUCCCGUCUGUCCUUACCUACGCACCUAUUCUCCGUCGACGAAAAGAAAGCAGCCUUCGCGAACAAAAACAAUGCGCUAGCGGACUUUUGUUCGUUUUGUCAUUCUGAGGAUAUUUGAAUAAUCGACGUUGGGCUCGCGAGUCUAUCAUCAUGGGGAAGAAGCGCAGACAGCACGACAACAAUGUCGACGGCAGCGAGGAUUCAACCGAGUCAGGAGAUGGAUACAACAGCAAAGGACCAACAUGUGCACACUUUAUGCAAGCUCAGAAUGUGCUUAACUUGAGGAAAGCCGUGAAAGACAAGAAAAUGAACAACAAGUGCUUCGAUUGUCAAAAGGCUGGCGUUGACAUGAUCACGGACAAUGAAGAUGAGCUUUCUAACGAGCCACCGCUGUUGUGGAUUUGUCUGCAAUGUGGACACGUUGCAUGCGGACGAGAUAAGAAGAGCCAUGCCAUAGAACAUCAUGAAACUCCCAGAAAUGGAGUUCAUUGCGUAGUCAUGGAUACUCAGAGAUGGAGCGUUUGGUGCUACAAAUGUGAUGAUACUGUUAAUAAUAGUAGUCCUAAACAUAAAAGGAAACUCGAUGAGAUUACAGACUUAUUGAAAAAAUGGGCGAACAAGCCUGCACCAACGCAGCCAAAACCUCAUAUAACCAUGUGCCAAAAUGAAACAUCAACCAUGGACAAUGAGAAGAAAAAAAUUUUAAACAAUCUUCCCAAAGUUGGUGGAUUAGUGAAUUUAGGAAAUACGUGCUUUUUUAAUGCUGUAUUACAAUGUCUGGCACAGACACCUUAUUUAAUUAAAGUUUUGGAUGAUUUACAAGAGCCGGGACAAAAGUUUGUAUUACCUGGUGGAAAGUUAAAGGUAGCAGAUGAGGAAGAAAUUGAAUUGCCACCCAUUGAAGGAGUUUUGGAAGAAAGUGGUAAUUUUACUCCAGUUCUGCGCAAAACUUUGUCAGACAUGCAGAAUUCUGAUGGUCAAGUUUAUAAGCCGGCUGAAUUAUUGAAUUCUUUGAGAAAAAAAACUAUGGCAUGUACUGAUGGAGGUCAACAUGAUUCACACGAACUUCUAAGGCAUUUAUUAGAACUUGUUCGCAAUGAGGAUGUCAGGAGAUAUCAAAAAGUUAUUUUGGAAGAAGUUGGCUUAAGUGGAAAAACAAAACCACAGUGCGUAGAUGAGAAUCUGAAGUCUCGCGUGAAAUUUUACGGCAAUCAAGCUAAUGCUAAACUAUUGGGUCCAGAAAGAGUUUUUAGAGGAGAACUGGUUUCAACUUUAAACUGCUUAGAAUGCCACCAUUCUUCGAUAAGGACUGAACCCUUUUUAGAUCUUAGUUUGCCCAUAUUGAUAGAGAAACCACUGCCUCCUAUUCUAAAAAGGAAGAACAGUAGUUAUGAGAAUUCUGUUGAUGCAAUGGGUAACAAUGUUUCUAAUACUCCUACCAAGCAUGAAUCGAAGAAAGCGUUCAGGCAGGCUAGUAAAGCAAAUCAUAGAUCAAAUAGAAUAAAAAGUAGGGACAGUUAUUGCUCGCCAAACACCAAUCGUAUAUCCGAAGAAAAGAAAGGAUAUGUAGCUGAAUCUGAAGAAAGUGACGCGGAUGUAGAAGAUAACAUUGAAAAUGAAGAUGCUUCCGCUCCAGAAAUCGGCGAGUCAGGCUAUAGUUCUGAGAAACCAUCUGCUGUAACAAGCCCUGUAUCAUUAGCAGAUCUUAGAACUACAGAUCGAAACGACUCGCUUGAUAUGAAUGUUUCUUCUAUUGAAAUCGAUGUGACAUCCUGCAGCUUUGAUUACACGUCACUGGCCAACGAUAAUAACACUAAUUUCAAUAAUUCGCAAAGCCCUGAUGACGUUCCAAUGUUAGAUAUCACAGAAAAUAGAAAGAACGAUACAAUGGGAUUAUCUCUUUCAAACUCGUUGAUCGCUCAUCCUGAUUGGACUAGCCCCGAAGUUCCAACGAUUAGUCCAUUGAGUAGCCCACUGACAUCGAAAGAUAGUCCUACAAGCCCAAUUUCUAGCGCUGUUGAUGGAGACGACAAUGAAAAAGUAAGUAAAUUGGUUUUAAGACUCGAUAACAACACCGAGAAACAGGAGUCGAGUGAUAAGGAAGACUCUACGAACAAAGCGAGUACCGAGUUGGCAGACGAUAUUUCGACGAGUAACAAGGGAAACAAUACAUCGAAAAAGCUGUCGAAUGGCAUUGGCGACCUAAUGUCGAAUAUAACUAAAUUAGAUUUAUCGAGUCCAUUCGAUUCCCCCACUAGAUAUCCCACGAAAGACGGAGAAUGUUCUGUCCAGGUGUAUCUUAAUCAAUUCACAGAGCGCGAGUUAAUGAGCGGGAAUAAUAAAGUAGGAUGCACUGCUUGCACCGAAAGAGAAAAUAAGGGAAAAAAGGAGGGCGUAAAAAUGGUUUGCACAGAUAGUACCAAGCAGUAUCUCAUCUCUCGUGUACCAGCAGUUCUUAUUCUGCACUUGAAAAGAUUUCAAGUACAAAAGUUUAGUUUUCGUAAAGUUGGGAAACAUGUUAGUUUUCCAAUGCUCUUAGAUUUGGCACCAGUUAGCAAAGACUAUACUAAACGUAGGAUAUACGCAUUAUACGGUGUUGUGGAGCACAGUGGCACUUUAUACGGCGGACACUAUAUCGCCUACGUCAAGUCGAGAGCACCGUUAAAACCUAACGAUCCACGGUGGUCCUUUUUACCAACUAGGGACAGCUUUGAGAAUAAAGAAUCAUCGAGCGAGUCCAACUCUGAAUUAGAAAGCGAUGAAACGUCAGAGAACAAGACUCCCCAAGUUGAACCACCACCUGGUCGGUGGUAUUACGUAUCCGAUUCAAGGGUUCACGAAGUAGACGAGAAAACCGUUUUAGGUAGCGAAGCUUACUUGUUAUUUUACGAAAGAAUAUUAUAAAUAAAUUUCUUAAUGCAUGAUGGUAAUAAAGGCCAAUUAUGGAUUUGCCAGCGUCCACGGUGGAUUAUCAUGUAAGCUGUGUUAUAGUGCAUAUUUUCUCUCAAAACUCUAAAAAAAAAAAUACUAACUUUGCUGCACAUCUCGUCAAAAGCAUCAGAAUUGUAUGGGUCAAUAUUAAAGUGGUUUUAUUAAAUCGAUUUUAUGAUAGUUAAGAUGCAUGAUUUGUAAUUAAUUUUCAAUACAUUCAAUUUUAUCAACGUUAUAAGUUUACUCAGGGUACAGAUACGCAUAAUGAAUUUUGACAACAUACAGGUUCUCGGUUCGUUUAAAAGCAUGCAUAAAGUUUAAGAAAACAAAAUCGAAACUGUAUGCGUGUUGUAAUGAAAUUGCAAAAACUUGGGCUUAAAAUGCUCUAUAUCGCAAAUCUUUAAGAUACGCGGUUACUACUCGUCUUGCAUUUUAAUGCAUUUGCAGAAUAAAAUUAUUGAUAAUUUGUAAUAUUAUAUCGAUUAAUAAAAGCUGUUUAAAAAAA